AAUUUUUUAGAAUUAGUGAUGAAAAUUUGUCUUCAGUUCCUUUAAAAAACCAGAGUUUGAGGUACUCAUAUGGUUGAAGGUGCUCUUCAAUUUCUUGCUUGUUGAACCAUAUGUGUUAUUGUAUAGAUGCUAGCAGAUUUCAAAGCAGUCUAUCUCAUUGUUCAAGGCGAAAUCCUGAGCAAGGAAUUUUGGGAAGUGGUGCUAGAGUUCAUAGAGAUAUAGCAGAGACUAUUAUUCCAGUAGUUCAAGGCAGUGGCUUCCACCUACUCAACAGGAGUAGUGAACCUUAUCGGCCUCCACAUCUAUGCAAGGCAAAAUAUUAUUCAGAAAGAGAAAGUAAGGACCAUUACAAUGAUGAAACAUUUGGUUCCCCUGAUAAUCUGAGUCAAGACAGAGCAGAGGAGGAAAAAAUAAGAAGAGAUUCAUUUGAAUUGAUGAGGAAGGAACAAGAAAUGGUUACUCAAGAAAAGCAAAAGUUCAUCUGUGAUGAUUAUACAGAGAAUUUGAAACCAUAUAUUGCUAUAGUCUUGGAGGAUUCUGAAGGUGAUUUUGAGUCCAAGGGAUCUGAGUCUCGUGAUGUUAAAGAAGGUCACUCUGAGAACCCUUUGGUCUGUUCCUCUGACUUAACUCAUCUGCUUGCCGAAGGAGGUAUACUAAAAAAAGAAAGAAACACAACAAAAAUAUUAUUCAUGAUCCUUCAGCUCUUCAAAACUUCCUUAAAAGUGGGAUUUUAGAUUAUGGGUGAAUAUCCCUUAGAGGUCCCUAUAUUAUAGAGACUUGAUCAAAUUAGUUUCUCUACUAUUAAAUGGAUCAAUUUAGUCACUAUACUAAUGAAAAGAAUCAAAUAAAGCCAAAAUUGAAAAGAACCAAAUAAGGCCAAACUUGAAUAGAUUUAGCAUUUACUAUUUAACAAAGAUAAUAUUUUUAAAGCUUCUAUGACUCUGUAAAUGAAAUUUUUUGUUUGAAAUUGAACUGCAAUUGAAAAAAUUAAUUUUCAAGACAAUUUUUAUAGUAAAUGUUGUAUUACAAUUUGGAUUUUUUUAAUAGUAUAAUAUCUAAAUUGAUUCAUUUAAUAAUAAUGGACUAAUUUGAUCCAAUCCCUAUAAUACAGGGACCUCCUAGGUACUUUAACCAUAUCUUAUGUUUCAUAUCCUUGCUUCCUUAAUCGAUUGGCUUUUUUUUUUUUUUUGGGGGAUUCUCUAGAGAAAAUGACUGCUGUUGAUCAAAAGGCCAUUGAGCAUGACUCAACAAAAUCUUCUUUUGGAGCAAAUGGAUCUGGUGACAAUCUAAUGAAAUCUGUUCCCGUUCCUGUCACAAAGCGAACCUCUAUGGAAUUGUACGGACCUUGUAAUCCAGGAGUUAUUUCUUGUGAAAGCUUGGAAGAACCAAUACUGUCAGAGAUCAAUGGACAUUGUUCAACUCAGAGAUCAAAUUGUUCCUAUUACGAUGAAGAAUCUCAGAACAUACUUUCAUUGUUACGGAAAGAAGCAGGCUUGACAGACCUUGUAGAAUCCUCAAAGCUAAAAAAUACAUGGUCCUUGGAUAAAUCCUAUGUUUCUGAAACUGAAAUUGACAACUACCAGCUAAACAAAUUUAAGAAGAAUCUUCAUGGACCUAUCUCUAGAUCAACAAGCACCAAAAAAGACUUGACAAGCAGGUUCAAAUGGGAUGAUUCAGUGAAGUCUAGGCCAAUUGGAAAUGUCGAAAGCAUCGAAUUCUCGAGCUUUCUUGUGCAAACUAGUGCAAGUAAAAGAAGCAGUGAUGUUCAAGAUGCGCUGGAAUCAAAGAACAGUUCUCUGUGUAGUUAUGAUGAGCUUGAGAUUUGUUUGCCAGAUGAAGAUAGCUUGAUAACCGUAGAUGACUACAUACUUCCACAAGAGUCCUUGUUUGUGGCAGCCGGUGAGAACAGAUUUGAUCUAACCCGUUUCGAAAGUUCUGCUUUCGUUCACCGUUCUCAUGAUCUUACAAGCUCGGAAACUUAUUUUAACAAUCCGUACAUGCAACAAUCUAACCCACAACUCCGCCAUUCUCAGCUGAAAUCAACGAAGGAACGAGUAAGUUGUUCCGAGUACGAAACAAGUCGAAAGAGUUCCAUAAUCAAGCCUAGAGAUUUAAAAAGCUAUGCCUACACUCUACAAGCUCUUCACCACUUCCCUACAAAUGUGCAUCACACACCCUCCCAAUAUUUUCGAGCUGCUGAAACAGGAUUUGAUUAUUGUAUGGGCUAUCAUCUCCCUCCCCAACAAAUGUAUGGGCUGCCUAGGGCUGCAUUUCCUCAACAUACUUCAGAUCAAAUGGCUUGUUAUGAACACGACCAAAACGCAACUUUUAAUUCGUCCCUGAAUUUUAAUAGACAAUUUUAUAACUCUCUUCAAAAUGCCAGUUCCAGGCCUUCCGAGAUUGUAAUCGAGAGCGAAGCGGAUGGAUCUUCGUACUUCGGCUGGCCAAGUGUGGAAUCAGUUUGGAAAACAAAUUGAAAACAGGCCUUUGACAGAGGUAAUCAGCUACAAAUUUUCAGCUUUUUGCUUAACUUUGCAAUUGUUUAGUCAGAUUCAUCUUUUGUUCGAUCUUCUAAAAAACCGCUAGGUAGGUUUAAAUACAGAUCGAUGAACACGGAUAUAGCAUUUGAUAUUUGGCUUUUGAUCAUUGUAAACAAGGAUGAAAAGGAAGUUAUAUUACUAAAAACUUACGAAAAAACCCGUACAUUUACUCGUAAAUUAAUCGAAUUUAGGCUAAUUUAGGUGUGAGUGUCAAA